GGACUAAAUCAUGCAUCCCAACAUCUAGCAUCUGGCUCAUCUCCGUGAUGCAUGUAUUGUUCAAGAAUGUCACUCCACCAUCCGUUAGAGUGAUAGCUUAACUAAUAUGCACCACAACAAGGAUUUCAGGUAUGGUGUGGAGAUCAUCAGAAAUAAGCGCCGACUAAGACACCAUCCUUAUCUCCUCAUCCUCCACACAACCGCUUUCAGAGAAAAUGAGUGUCAUAAACUUUCCCAAGCCAUAUAUUGAAGUCAAGAUGUUGGUACAUAGCUCUGCUCCCGAUUCAGUGGAUGCUGCUCUUUCACAUGUGGAAAAGGGCAUUGUUUGUGAUUGGUUGCCUAGUACUGAACCAUGGCUAAAGAGUUCAGUAUGUGGAAAAGGUGCUCAAGAUAACUGUGGAAAACAUGUAGUAAAUAAUGAUUUGUGUUCCUCCAGUUUUCCUGUUAGUUCCUCCAAUUUCUCAACUGUGGGUACUGUUAAUGAAGUUUCAACUCCUACCUUAGUAUACCGUCGACGUAAACUGCAAAAACAAUCUCUCACUCUUAACUCAUCCAAGGGAUUACCAAUGCUAAGCCACUGUUGUUUUCCUAGCAUCAGUUCUGAAGCUCUCUCUAUGGCAGAAAAGGUGGAUAAUGUGGGUUCCCAUGUUGAAAGUGAAGGUAGGUCCCCUAGAACUUAUCCUGUUAACUGUUCUUCCGGGGGAUUUGUUUCCAAAUGUUCAGUUGGAGAGGAUACGGGCAGAGCUUUACAAUUAUGCGAAAAUGAGAGUUGUUCAUCCUCAAAGUCAAACCUUGAUAUUGGUUCAUCUUCCUUAAGGACUGAAGUAAAUGAUUUGGGAGAAUGUUCCUCUUCUAGUCCAAUAGUGGUGGAGAAUUUGCAGGAUGAUCUUUCACAAAAACAUAGUUUUAUCUCUAUGAUUGCAAGCCAGUGCCUUGUUCAAGAAAGAUCUAGCAAAGAUUGCCCUAGUAAUAGGGAGGCGAUAUACAAGGACAAUGGUUGCAUGAGAACAUGUAAAGUUUGUGGAGAUUCGGAAUUCAGCCAAAAAAUGCUUAUAUGUGAUCAAUGUGAAGAGGCUUUUCAUACUCGCUGCUGUAAUCCCUGCAUAAAAACAAUUCCUGUUGAUGAUUGGGUUUGCCAUACCUGUUUCAGAAAUAAGUAUAGGAGAUUAAAGGAGACAAGUAAAAGUUCAUCUCUUAAUAAUUGCAACGAAGUAAGAAGACGUGAAGAUGGAACUAUUAGAGAUGAGUUGAGUCCCAUUGAAGCCAUGUUGAGCAGUACUGAGCCACAUAUAUCCAAUGUUAGAAUUGGUGCGGCUUUCCAAGCAGAACUUCCAGUUUGGUCCGGACCAUCUAUCAAUUGCAGUGAAACAUGUGCUUUUGCUGGAAAAGAAUUAGAAAUGAGCCCUUCAGAGUAUAUAAAUUUUGAGACUGCACAAUCAAGCCAGUCAUGUAGUAUGAUGAGCUCAAUUGGUAAUUGGCUUCAAUGUAGACAAGUCAUAAAACGCAGUGGAGGAGUUGAAGGAAACAUAUGUGGGAAGUGGCGAAGAGCUCCUCUUUUUGAAGUUCAGACUGAUAACUGGGAAUGUUUCCAAACUUUUAUGUGGGAUCAUGGGCAUGCUGAUUGUGCUGUGCCACAGGAGUUGGAUACAGAUCAAGUUGUGAAGCAGUUGAAGUACCUUGAGAUGUUGAGGCAUCGGCUGGUUGUGAAAAGGCGCAGAAGAAUGAGUAAUGCAAAUGAAUGAUGUUUAAGAUUUUGGAAGGAAAUGUUAAAUACACAACAUUGUGAAAUGCUUGAACCAUGUAUUCUUUUGGUGAUGUAAAUGUCUGGCAUGAUUAGUUAUGAUGGAAAACCACAUGUAUUCGACAUCUCAAGGUUUCACCAAUUAGCGCCAUUUCUAUGAUUUUUUUUCCCUUAGGUCCAACAGAAAAUACUUUUAGUACUCUGUCGUAAUCAUGUCAAAAUACCAUAUAUAUUUUUUUCAGGAUUAGUAUACCAUAUUCAUCUUAUUGUGUUGUGUGCUUUGCUCUCUAUACAAGCAAACCAUUUUUUUUUUCUACAAUGCCAGCCAUGUUCAAAUUCCUUAGCAAUAAUCUUACAAUAGUUUGUGCAU